UUUGCACAUAUUUCCUAUCUCCUCCCUUCCGGCUUUUAAUUCCACGUUUUUCCGAGCACUGAGGAACGUAGACUACAUUAUUAUUCUCGAAUGGUGGUUUACCGUAACGUGAUCUUUUUCUAUGUGGUCACACUUUUCCGAGCACAGAGGAACGUAGUCUAUAUUGACCUUCGUUAUUCUCGAAUGGUAGUUUACCGUAACGUGAUCUUUUUCUAUUUGGUCACACUUUUCCGAGCACAAAGGAACGUAGUCUAUAUUGACCUUCGUUAUUCUCGAAUGGUGGUUUACCGUAACGUGAUCUUUUUCUAUGUGGUCACACUUUUCCGAGCACAGAGAAUCGUGGUUUGCCGUAUCAUGAUCUUCCGGUAUUUGGUCACUCUGACUGUUCAACCACAAACCAGAAUAAUCACGUCACAAAACGAGAGGAAAUUUGUGACAAAAAUAGAUCUCUAAAAGAACCAUCAUCUGUACUUAUCUCAAGACAAGUGAUUCUUCAUUUCACUGUGAACUAACAGAGAACUGAAAGACUGUCAGCUGCUGUCGUCGUGUAGUUCGAACACUUCUUGAAUGGGAAUAAAACAAAGUUCUACGACUAAGUUGUUGUGUAGCAAAGACAAAGACAACGAAGCCGUCAAGCCAACUCCAGAGGAGGCAAAGACAUGGGAAACAGACUUCUCUGCUCUACUCCAUAAUAAAUACGGCAUUAAUAUUUUUCAAGAAUUUCUUCGAACACAAUACGGAGACGAAAAUUUAAAUUUCUGGAUUGCUGUGGAAGAGUAUCGCAAUAUUAGCGAUGUAAAUACAAGGAAUGAAAUGGCUCGCAUGAUUUAUGAAGACUACGUGUCAACACUUUCUCCAACUGAGAUAAGCCUGGAUGCGAAGAUUCGAGCGGCAGUCGACAAGCAAAUGUCAAGCCCAGAUGAAAACACCUUUCGUCCUGCACAACAACAUAUUUAUAACCUUAUGUACAGAGACUGUUUCCCAAGAUUUGUUAAAUCAAAGACGUACCAACAACUCACCGAGAGUUAAGGACAUACAAUAAAUAAUCUAUAAAUAACUUUCUUUAUAUUCUAAACUAAAGAAAAAACUGGGCGCAUGAGAAUGGUUGGAGUUUCUAAGUCUUCUCAUUCCAGUUUUUUUUUAUUACAGAAAAAAGACUUUUUUGUAUGUUCGUUAUGUGAACGCUAAGCGUAAGUUAAUGAAAAGUUAAGCCUGGCGCUUAAUAGCGACGCAAGCCGACGCAAGCAUAAGCACAAGCGCAAGCCAA